ACUUUUAUCCGUUAUAUUUAAACGUUACUUUGUCUAGCACGUGCAUAGACAAAUAUUUUAUUUCAAGAAACACACGUUGUGCGUCUUUAAGAUCGUACAAAGUGUUUUAGGCGCACGGACGAACAAGCAGGAAGAGAAAACGGACGACUGGCGCCAAAUUUUAAGUUCAAAAACAGCCUCGGAAUAGGGGUUGUUACUCGGAUGCAGUUUUCUUGCCGGUUAAUUACAAGUAAGGCUAUUAAAAGUUAUAAUACCUUAUGUGUUUUAUUAUUUAAAAGUAGCUAGCUGAUUAAGAAGAAGUGUGUUUUUAGCCUAGCACUGUCCAGGGGAAGAUGUAUAUCAAGUCGAUCGUCUUGGAUGGCUUCAAGUCCUAUGCUCAGCGGACGGAGAUAAAUGGGUUUGAUCCGUCUUUCAACGCGAUCACCGGGCUCAACGGCAGCGGCAAGUCCAACAUUCUGGACUCCAUUUGCUUUCUGCUGGGCAUUUCCAAUUUGUCACAAGUGCGAGCCUCAAAUCUGCAGGACCUGGUGUACAAAAACGGCCAAGCUGGCAUCAGCAAAGCCACGGUGUCCAUCACGUUUGAUAACUGUGACAAGAAGCAGAGCCCCUUUGGCUUUGAGACCCACGACGAGAUCACGGUCACCAGACAGGUGGUUAUAGGUGGAAAGAACAAGUACCUGAUCAAUGGUGUUAAUGCCAACAACACCCGAGUGCAGGACCUGUUUUGCUCCGUUGGGCUUAAUGUCAACAAUCCACACUUUCUGAUCAUGCAGGGGAGGAUUACAAAGGUUCUUAACAUGAAGCCACCUGAGAUCCUUGCUAUGAUUGAAGAAGCAGCUGGAACCAGGAUGUAUGAGUGCAAGAAGAUCAGUGCGCAGAAAACCAUCGAGAAGAAAGAGGCGAAACUCAAAGAGAUCCAGACGAUUCUUGCAGAGGAGAUCACACCUACUCUGCAGAAGCUGAAGGAGGAACGGUCCUCUUACUUGGAAUACCAAAAACUGAUGAGAGAGAUUGAGCACCUCAGUCGGCUAUAUGUGGCCCAUUUGUUCGUCUGCGCCGAGGAGACCAAGGAGAAAUCUUCUGAGGACCUUAAGGUGAUGCAGGACGGUAUUGGUAAGCAGCAGGACUCCAUGGUGGAAAAUGAGCGCAAGGUGAAGGAGCUUGUUCAAGAGAUCAAAGAGCUGGAGAAUAAGCGGGAUAAGGAUGUCGGUGGAGAUUUGAAGGCCCUGGAAGAGGCACUGUCUGAGGUGCAGAGGGUGGAUGCCAAAGCCCAGAGUAGCCUGGACCUGAAGAAACAGAACCUUAAGGAUGAGACCAAGAAGCGCAAGGAGUUGGUCAAAAGCAUGGAAGAGGACAAGAAGAUGCUAGCAGCGAAGGAGAUCGAGAUGAACAAGGUGAUGGAGAAGCUGCAGAAGGUGCAGGAGGAGGGGCAGAAGGACGCAGAGACCCUUGUGGCAGCUCAGCAGCAUUUCAAAGCCGUGUCGGCUGGUCUGUCCUCCAAUGAGGAUGGGGAAGAAGCUACAUUGGCUGGCCAGAUGAUGGCCUGCAAGAACGAUAUGAGCAAGGCGGAGACGGAGGCCAAACAGGCACAACUGAAACUCAAGCAUGCUCAGCAAGAGCUGAAGACCAAGCAGGCUGAGGUAAAGAAGAUGGACAGUGGCUACAAGAAGGACCAGGAUGCCUUCGAAGCGGUGAAGAAAUGCAAGGAGAAGCUGGAGACCGAACUUAAGAAGCUGAAUUACGAAGAUGGAAAAGAGGAGAAUUUAAUCGAAAGAAAACGACAGUUGUCACGUGAAGUUGGUAAGCUGAGGGAGACCUACGAGCUGCUGAUGGCCAAAUUUCCUAAUUUGAGAUUUGAAUACAGGGACCCUGAGAAUAACUGGGACCAUAAUAAAGUGAAAGGCCUGGUUGCCAACCUCAUCACCAUCAAAGACGUGUCCAACGCCACAGCUCUGGAGGUGGUGGCUGGGGGGCGCCUCUACCACGUGGUCGUGGACACAGAGGUGACGGGGAAAAAGAUUUUGGAAAAAGGUGAACUUAAACGUAGAUACACAAUAAUUCCACUGAACAAAAUUUCAGCAAGGACCCUGAACAACAACGUUGUGCAAACGGCAAAAAAUCUGGUUGGGGCUAACAACGUCCACACGGCUUUGUCCUUGGUGGGCUAUGAGUCCGAGCUCCAGAAAGCCAUGGAGUAUGUGUUUGGCACAACGCUGGUCUGCGAUUGCCUGGACAACGCCAAGAAAGUGACCUUUGACAAACGCAUCAUGACAAAGACGGUGACCCUAGGCGGGGAUGUCUUUGAUCCUCAGGGAACUCUCAGUGGAGGAGCCCGACCUCAGGCAGCUUCCGUGCUGUCAAAGUUACAGGAGUUGAAGGCUGUCCGGGACGAUCUCACAGCCAAAGAAGCAGAGCUACACGAAGCAGAAAAUGACCUGUCUGGCAUGAAGGGAACUGCAGAUAAAUACCGGCAACUCAAACAGCAGCUUGACAUGAAAUGCGAGGAGGCUGAGAUCCUGCAGACCAAACUUCAGCAGAGUUCUUAUCACAAGCAGCAGGAGGAGCUGGAGACUCUGCGCAAGACAAUUGAGGAGAGUGAAGAAACCCUGAAGAAGACCAAGGAGGUGCAGAAGAAGGCAGAGGAGAAGUACAAAGUUCUGGAGAACAAGAUGAAGAACGCCGAGGCUGAGCGUGAGAAGGAGCUGAAGGAGGCCCAGCAGAAGCUUAAUGCCGCCAAGAGCAAAGCGGACGCCUUCGACAAGAAGCUGAAAGGGCAGCAGCAGGAAGUCGACGCCCUGUCGCUGGAGCUGGAGGAGCUCCGGAGAGAGCAGGCAGGCUACCAGCAGCAGAUCGAGGCUGUGGACGAGGCCACGAAGGCCAUCCAGGAACAGAUUGAUGCCAUGACCGUGGACGUGUCGAGCAACAAGGAGGCUGUAAAGAAGGCCCAGGAGGACCUGGCCAAGAAGAAGGAGGUGAUCAUGGCUCAGGACAGGGAGAUCAAGGGGAAAACCGCAGAGGCUAACAAGCUCCGUGAGCAGAACAACGAGGCCCAGCUGAGGAUCAAGGAGCUGGAACACAACAUCAACAAGCACAAGAAGGACAGUGCUGAUGCGGCGGCCAGGGUUGCCAGGAUGCUGGCCGAGAAUGACUGGAUCGAGUCCGAGAGGCACAUAUUUGGGCAACCGAACACGGCUUACGAUUUCAAAGCCAACAACCCCAAGGAGGCAGGCCAAAGGCUUAGGAAGCUGGAGGAGACCAAGGAGAAGCUGGAAAGGAACGUCAACAUGAGAGCCAUGAACAUGCUGAGUCAGGCUGAGGAGAAGUACAAUGAGCUGAUGAAAAAGAAACGCAUUGUGGAAAAUGACAAGUCCAAGAUCUUGAAGACCAUUGAGGAGCUAGAUCAGAAGAAGAAUGAGGCGUUGAACAUUGCGUGGCAGAAGGUAAACAAGGAUUUUGGCUCCAUCUUUUCCACGCUGCUGCCAGGUGCGGAUGCCAAGCUGGCCCCCCCCGAAGGCUGUGGGGUGCUGGAUGGCCUGGAGUUCAAAGUUGCCCUGGGUAACACCUGGAAGGAGAACCUGACCGAACUCAGUGGGGGCCAGAGGUCCCUGGUGGCCUUGUCCUUGAUCUUGGCCAUGCUGCUGUUUAAGCCAGCACCCAUCUACAUCUUGGAUGAGGUGGACGCUGCCCUGGACCUCUCGCACACCCAGAACAUUGGCCAGAUGUUGCGUACACACUUCAGCCACUCGCAGUUUGUGGUGGUCUCCCUGAAAGACGGCAUGUUUGCCAAUGCCAACGUUCUCUUCAAGACCAAAUUUGUGGACGGUGUGUCUACGGUGUCCAGAAGCUCCCAGUGUCAGAAUGGCAGUGGUGUUCGUACCUUAAAAGGUCAGGACAAGUCCAAGCUGAAGGACAGACGCCAUUAGCAGCUCAUCGCCACUUAGUCUCAUUCUUGCAGACGUGCAGUGUUUUUGCCUAAUACUUCUCAUGUACCUCUUUCAACCUGUGCUUGCUUGUAUUUAACCUGUUUAAUGUAUAGUUUGGUUUGUCUGUCCUUAUAUUGACUUUCCUUUAAAUAACUGCUUUUAAAAUACC